AUGUGUGCUUCUGACGGUUGUCUGUUAUGUGGUGUGGUUUCUGGUUUUUCUAUCAUGUGGUGUGGGUUUCUGACUGUUAUCUACCAUGUGGAUCUAAGAGAUUCCAUUAAAAAGAAAAGUGAUACUGCUGCUGAGUUGGACAGAUUACAGAAUAUGAUUGAAAAAAGUAAAGAUAGCUUAAAUGAGUGUCUGACACAGGAACGAAAGAAACAAGAUGAUUUACACAAGUUAUUGAAAGAUAUAGAUGAGAGUCGUAUGGAAUUAGAUGAGAAAAAGAGAUCAUUACAGCGUAUACAUGCUGAAAUAGAACGUGAAGAACAUAAACAGAAUAGGUUAAUUGCCAGUCUAAAUAUAGAGUUGGAGACGAUGAAUGGUGACAUACAGGCAAAAAGAGAUGAACUGGAACAAACUGUCUGUAAAUUCAAUAAUGUCAGACGAGAUAUGGAUAAAUUACAACUUGCAAAAAAAAAAUAUGAAUCAAUAGAAGACAAAGUGGGAAUCCUCAGUGACCAGGUGAUUACAUUGGAGAACGCUGUGAAGGAGAGAGAGGAAGAAAAGAGUCGGUUGGCAGAGACACUCAACUACACACACAGUGAAAUCAAAUCACUCAGAAAUGACAAGCAGGAAUGUGAGCGACAGAUUGCUGAAUUGAAAAUGGAAUUAAUAUCAGCCAGAGAACAGAUACAAAAAACUUAUACGGACUUUGAUAGUGAAAGAAAAGCUUUAUGCAGUGAAAUAGAGGAAUUAGAAAGUAAAGCUCAAGACCAUUGUGCCAGAGCUAAUAGACUGAGUGAAGAAAUCAAUGCUAUUAGACGAGAUUAUAUUGCAGUGAAAAAACAGUUGAGAUCACAAGUUGAGCUUGAUGAGAGAGAGAAAAGACUGGAAUGUUCCAUCCUAGGACUGAAAGCAGAUAUUAGAAAUGAAGUGCAGGAUGGUUUACAAAAUUUAGAAUUGUCAAGAAUGGAAGUAUUGGGAGAAUUGGAACAGUUGCACAGUCAGAAAGAACACUUGAAUAAACACCUAGAUGCUGUACAUCAGAAUCUAUUUGCAACAAAACUUGAAAGCAUUGUUGAAAGAGAUACAGAUCCACAAAGGGCACAUUCCACAGCCUUGGAUGAUUUAUCAUGGAGAAGUGAAGCCAUGCAUGAGAGACUUGCACAAGAACAAGAUCAACUGAAGUUGAGACUGAGACAACGUUUUUCUCACAAAGCUGACUUACUGGAAGACAUUAGGAAGAAGUCUGAAUCAACUUUACAGAAUUUAAAGAAAAAAUUGGAGAACCUUGAAGACCUUGUUACAACAAAUAGCAGAUCGUACUCUUCCAUGACUAAUGGUAGUUUUAAUGGGACACUAAGAGAUAGUGAUUACUUCACAAGGUCACAAGGCAUAUCUGGUUUUAAACAUACUGGAAAAUCUGCCAAUGGUGAUGUUCUCAUGGAUGGUAAAACAAGAUCCUGGAUUACCACAUCUCCAAGUGAAUUAAUAAUGCCAUCUUUCCAUGAAUUGCAGAGUCAGGAUGAGAUACUACAUCAGGAUCUUUCAUCAAGUCCUUCUACAUCUCCAUCAAUGAGAAGACAUGGCUACACAGCUAAACGACCAAAUCGAUCUAGAUCAGCUGAAAGAUUGUCUCCUACUACUGACAGUCAUAUGGAUGAGAGGCUAAAAGAAGGAAGUAAUUCUGCAGAUCAGAGAAUGAAGCUAUUUAUGGAGUCUGUAAGCGAUAUUGGAAGAAAUGAACAUUUAGAUGGAAAGUCAACCAAUGGGAGUGGACCAGAACAUUAAUUGAAAUAUGCAAUUGAUUCUGUACUGUAAAUAAAAUUCAUUUGAGUUAUAUGCAAUUAAGUUUUCCAUUUGGCAUAUGUAAAUUAGAUUGUAUUAUAUGCAAAUGAGAUAUAACAAUCAGUACAAAGAAAAUAUUGUUUGUACAUGUAGCAUGCAAGUCCGAUUUAGUUGCUUGUAUAUGGAAAUAAAUUGUAGCUAGCAUAUGUAAAUUAGAUUGAGAUUAUAAGUUUAAUGAUAUUUAUGAGUUCUCUGUUGCUGACAGUGCAUGCUCUAUUGCAAGAAGUGAGGCAUUUUUGGAUCAUUCAUUCAAUUGGCUACUAUUUUUCAUGGAAUUUGGAGUCGUUCAUGAUCUUGAAGUAAACAAACCCAUGUUUGUACUUAUAUAUUUAUAAACCCAACUGUUUCUUUUGAAAUCAGUCUCAUUUUAAUUCAAAUGAGACGAUUCAAAUGGCCCGCACCAUUCCCCAUUAUGCAAAGUGAUGUGCUAAUGCAUAAAUUGAACAGCCAAUGUCACUGCUUGAGCUCGUACAAUGUGUAACUUCCAUUUGAGUUUAUUUUUUGCGUUUAUAAAUAAUUUAUAACAUAGAUGGCUUUGUUUACUAGUGUAUCUUCAAAUUUAUUUUUGUAUAUUUGUCUUGCUUCAUCAGUUUGUAUGUCAAAAUGUUUUAAAUCUUACUAUCUAUUAAAUGAAUAUCUGAGAUAGUCAAAAUUCAAUGUACAACUGUGUAUCCACAAUGCGCUCCGACCUUUGAUGAUGCACUCUGCAUAUCGAUGAUACGCUCUGCCUUUUGAUGAUGCACUCAUCAUCUGUGCAGAUAAUUGUAAAUGAUCAACUUUAUAUUUUAAAAGUUAAAAAAAAAUAUAAAAUAACUAGCAGUAUUGUACCAGAUGAGCAAAUCACAAUUUUUUUAUAUUAAACUAAACAACUUCACUUGUUAUGACAUAAAAUGUUGACCGAUUUGUUAUAUUCUGCCAUAUAUAUAUUGUAUUUUUAUAUCGUGUUUUUAACUGAUUUUACUUGGCAGAAAAAUGGAUUGCCACAAUGAAAUGAAAUAAGUAAAUAUUCCUCUAUUUUUUUUAAUUUCUGGUUGCUGGUCAUAUAAUUAUAUUCAAUAUUGUAACUAUAUUGAAGAAAAGAAGGACAAAUAGUAGUUAUGCGAUAGGUUGAUUGGUUAAUCACAUUUAAACACAAAUUGUGCCUUGAUCAUCCUGUGAUAAGUUCUACGUGCCGUUAUCACAUGUUUUUAAAAUAAUUUAAAUGAAAGUUGUACCUCAAGCUAAUGAUAAGUUCAAUCCUAUCACAUGUUUCUGAAAUAAUUUGAACAUAACUGUAUGUGUAUGAUGUUUUAUGAAGAUUUUUUGGUUCAUUCAUAGAUUUUAAUGAGUUGCCAAAAAAAAUAUUUUUUUAAUACAAUGUAACCUUUAUAACACACAUUUAAUAAGACUUUGUUUUAUAUUGUAACUGGAUGGCAAUGGCUUUUUCAACAUUGCUUUUUGUAUCAUUUAUGUCACUGUUUUAGUUAUUUUUGUGUAUUUAUAACUUUGUAUAAAUAUUAUGUAAUUAUUUACAUCAUGUAUGAAUGAAGGACAUUGAAUAAAAAAUAUCACGAAUUGA